AUGUCAGGGCAUCACCGCAUCACCCUCGCCGCCAACCCCCCCUACUUCGAUGGCGACAAGUCCAAGUACCUGGGCUUUGUGGACGCGUGCACCACUUACAUUGAUGCCUAUCGAUCGGAGUUCUCACUGGACGAAACAAAAAUCCUCUUCGUUCUCUCCUACCUCCGUAAUGAGACCGGCACAAGCUGCGCCGCCUCGAGAUGGGCAAUGAACUGGAAGCAGCACAACUUCGAGGGCUUCCAAAGACUAAAAACGGGAGUCACCACGAAGAACUUCCUGGAGGAGCUUCAGAGGGCGUUCGGGGACUCCAAUGCGGAACAAGUCGCCGCUGCUCGGCUUAUGGCCCUGCGCCAAAACAAACAGUCCUUCGCGGACUACAUCUCCGACUUUGAGAUGUUGGCCACGGAGGCAGGCUACAAUGUGGUCGACACCACCGACGACAAAGGCGAAUACAAGAAGGGGGACCAGGAUAAUAUCCUCAUCGAGUUCCUGGAGCGCGGACUCAGCAGCGAGAUCGCCAGCCGUCUCUACAACACCGGUGUCCCUCUGCCCAAGGCCUAUGGAGCGUUCAAAGCCUGGUGCAUCAACAUCGAAGCCAAUGCUCUGCGUGACCAGCUGCGUAAAGCGUCGUAUGGGCACCCCACACAACGACCACCUCCCCAGUUCCGUCCCCAAGCGGCACCAGUGGCGCCCACACCCGCUCCGGCCCGACCUGCUGCCAACGAACCGGUUCCGAUGGAAAUUGAUCGUACCCACGCCCACAGCCGCAAUAUCAUCUGCUACAACUGUCAGCAGCCUGGGCACAUUGCGCGGAACUGUCCAGAGCCAAGAAAGAAGCGCACAUUUUUCAAUCGGGCCACGAUGCUUGAAGAGAUCGAGAACGGGGACAAGGACAACGAGUUCCUCAAGGAGAUCGCCGAGAAGCUGCGCGAGAAGGGUUUUUGA